AGGUGUCCUGCCUGGAAGCCCCUGGUCUUCACACCCUGCACAUCAUCCUCUCCAGCAGGACGCACCUUCGGCUCACUGAGGGACUGAGUCACUCUUUUACCCUCAAGUGGAGGCACUUUGACUGCGUCGUGCAGAAGAACCCAGCAUGUUAGCAUUUUUGGCUCUGGCGUCCAUCGCACUAGUAGGGAUAGCCCCGCAGUGCCAGGCUAUCGUCAUCUACACGGGCUGGGAGCGCCAUGCCCUGGUCGGCUCGGACGUCCGGCUGUCCUGCUCGUUUUUCUCAUGGCGCUGGACCUCCGAAGACGUGACUUUCUCCUGGAGCUACCGGCCCGACGGUUCCCGUGACAGCAUCUCCAUUUUCCACUUCACGGGUGGCGCCCCCUAUGUCGAUAACAAGGGCCCGUUCCGGGACAGGCUGGAAUUCGUCGGGAACCCAAGCAGACGAGACGGUUCAAUCCUUAUCAAGAACCUGGACUUCAAUGACAACGGAACCUUCACCUGCGACGCCAAGAACCCCCCCGACAUAGUGGGCCGCCCCUCCAGCGUCCGCCUGCUGGUUUUUGAGAAUUUGCCUGUCCAAGCCGGUGUCAUCACUGGGGCCAUCAUUGGGGCAGUUCUGGGCCUUCUGGUGCUGAUCGUGGUGAUCUACUAUUUAAUGAGGUUCCUUGUGGCCCGGCGUGUCUUCAACCUCAGUGUCAGCAAACACGGGAAGAAAGGGAAAGGUAAAGAGGGAUCUCAACAGAGGCAGAUAUUCUGAGUUCCUUUUUUCCGAGCACUGACUGGCACCUGGCUUCGACUCGCCCCACCCUACCCCACACGAUACUUAGCCUCACUGAUGCUGUGGCUACACGCCACUCCAGCUCCAUCCCAAAGACUUAACCCCACCCCCUGACACAUCACACCUGCCCACACCGGUGUCUGAUUGGGUGAGUCCACACUCCUCCUGACAGCAAGCUUCCUAACCCCACCUCCCGAAGUAACAGCUCCGCCUCUACACCGGUGUCUGAUUGGGUGAGUUGACACACCCCCCCCCCCCCCCCACUUACAUGAUUCCCGUCCGAUAUUCCCGGCAAAGCUGCCAAAAAUGUGGCGCCUCCUUCCAAACACACAGAGAGUGGCUUUUUUUCCUUAAGCGGGACAGUCUGUGACAAGUUAAAGGUGCUCAGAAGGACAGCCAGUCUGCCACUUUGAAUGGCUUCUGGUGGGUCUUUCAUAGUCUCUUUUUGAUUCUUUAUUUACCUCAAUGACAGGUUACCUUGCUUUCAGAGGAAGUUGGACGAUGGAAGAGGGUUUAUGUAUGUUAAACAGGGUUAUAUUGGCAGUUACAUUCUCGUUUUUUUUUGCCCCACAUUCCCACCGUCACAUACAUGAGGAAGCCUCGCUGCAUGUCUGUUAGGCGCAGUCUGGCUCUGUGACUCCCUGAGGCGUCGCUCGGUGUCAGUGACUGAGAACUACAAAAUGACGUCAAAACUGGCCAAUAAGGGGUGUCCAUUAAUGGAAAAGAAGGAGACUGGAUGGGCUUUGGUGGUACACAGGUGCUCAGACUCCACAGCAGGACCAUAGGCACCCAAAUUUGUCCUCAGUUUACUACUAGUAAGAACAAAUAUUGUCAUACCGAUAUCACUGUAUCAUUUCUAAAGAAACACAGUUGUCUUAAGCUGACCCACAGUUGUCUUAAGCUGACCCACAGUUGUCUUAAGCUGACCCACAGUUGUCUUAAGCUGACCCACAGUUGUCUUAAGCUGACCCACAGUUGGAUGUGAAGUCGCUGCUGAGCAGUCUCACGUGUGUCUGUUUCCAUUUCGACGUCACCCCUCGCCUCCCCCUCUCAGGCUCACGCGUCCUGUAAUUCUCCUCUCAGAUGCCGCCCCACCCCCAUCAUUGACCAGAUCCCCUCCACCCUCUCGCCCCCUUUCUGCUGGUUAGAAAAGACCCAGAUCCCCCAGCUCCUUGACCUCUUCAGGUCCACGUUCCGAUCAGAUCCCUCUUCCUUUACCUGUUACCAUGAUGACGCCCAAAAAAACGAGGCCCUAAUUUAGCUAGCUCUCUGCCGGUCACAAAGUCCGUGUGUUUAUGUAUGUGUGUCAACAGACUGUAAAACAAUUAAAGUUAAAAAAAGCGUUCGUGCAUGUCAUCAUACAUAAAGCAAAUAAUGACAGAUAGACAUUUUACAUGUGUAUAAAAAAAAAAAACGUUUGUAAGAGGCAGAAAUGUAAUAGUAUUUAAUGAUAUUUAAUGAUAUUUCUGUCCCUCAUUUCGAUGGCUCAGAAAAACGGGAUCCCUUUGGCUGUUUCGUGGAUGAUCGUAGUUUCAGGAGAUGUUGUUGUUCACCUGCUGUGUAUCUAUUCAUGGGCCAUGGUGAGGAAGAUGAAGAUGAAGAGGGAUUGGGGGCCUCAUAUUCUAACCGCAGGCCUACAAUGCUGAUCAUGCUCCUGAUUAAUCUGAGAGAGCUUGCAGCGGGUAGUUUUGGGAGAAAAAUAUUUUCCCUGUAAAUCCAAGCCAAAGUCCAUAUUUUUCACCAGCGAAAGAAUUUUCCUCAGCCAGAACUUCCAAGCCAUACUGUCAUUCUUAAGGAAACCAAGCUGGCCGAUAUCUGAGCGCAGGUGGUUGUGGGUAAUGUAGCAGAAUAUACGAUACUGAGUAGGGAUCAAAUUUACCAUGGUGAACAUGUGCUUUAUCGUGAUAGCCACAGUAGAUUUGCAGCAUUUUCUCCCUGUGGGACAAACCCUCAUCCACGGUCCAGCCACACGGAUGUCCAACGUAGGAGCAGAUACUUAAAAUGUCUUGAAAUCUUUGUGUUGUGUGUGUAUUAUUUUCUUCAUCAGGAUUGAUAACUUUGCGACAUUCCUUUAUUUUGUCAAACCAAUAGUCAGUCAUUAACAGCUUCCUUUUUUACAUUUAUGUUUAGUCUAACAGAAAAAAAAUGACUAAUUUCCUUGGUAUGUGAAAUUCGUUGUAAAAAGAGUAUAAAAACAAUAAACCGGGUUGUAAAAUGGAAAGAGAAUAAAACCAAUUGAACAGAA